AUGCUGUCGGAAGGAUUCAUCACCGCCAUCCGGGCCCAACCCAAGACGGCAAACACAGCCAUCGCAAAAGAUGUCGGUAUCUACAUGCACGGGUUGCAGCCAUCCCACGCAAUUAAAUCCUCUUUCAAAAGGAGCUCAGCGCCUGUAAACGCCCUCGCUGUGAGCACCACCCACAUCUUUGCUGCUCAAGCAGAUAAGGCCGUCGUCCAUGUAUACUCGAGGGAGGAAAGGGAAAAGGGGAAACAGGAGGCGACAGUCGCUUUUCCAGAACGCAUACACUGCCUGGCCCUCGUGGGGGAAAGUACACUGGCAAUUGGCACAGUCGAGGGGAGAAUGAUACUCUGGGAGGCAUGUGUUCCAGCUAUCAGGUAUCACGUUGAAAUAUACUGACCGAAAUCAGGUCUGCACUGGUCGAACAGUCUCCACGCCCGCUGCUCAUCUCCAGGCGGUCACCUGUAUAGCAUCAUCACGAUCCCACAUCACGACCGGUUCGCAAGAUUCCAAUGUUCACGUCUGGUCAAUACCCCGCCUGUUGGCGCUAGGUGCGGGUGAAACCCACCACGAACCUGUCAGGACCCUAUCGAACCAUCGAGCUGCCAUUACCUCACUUGCAAUGGGCCAAAGCACCAACCAGACCAACAUCUGUGUUUCAGCAAGCCGGGAUAACACAAUCAUUGUCUGGAACCACCAUACGGGUGAUUUGCUUCGGACAUUUUUGCUACCGGACACACCGCUCUGUCUGGCUCUCGAUCCGUGUCACCGAGCCGUAUACGCUGGAUUUGAGGAUGGAUCAUUACAAGUCAUUGAGAUUCUCAACGCCCGAUCUACAUUGAAUCCGCUCUAUGAUCCAAGCUUACAAACAACACCUGUACAAGUCACCCUUCCUCCAUGGACUGCACCAAUUGAGGCUGGUUCUGCUUUUUGCAUUGGCCUUAGUUAUGAUGGUACACAUAUAAUAUCUGGCCAUGCUUCAGGCAAGAUUUUCCAGUGGGACACAGGUCGCCGUGCUUUUGUUUCUGAGCUUGUCGAUUUGAACGCGCCAGUGACCAAUCUCCUAAUGCUAUCCCCCUUUGCUCCCAAAAGGAUGACCAAAGUUAUCAAUGUGGUGAAGCCUAAAAUUGGAGAAGUUCAAUAUACCUUUACUGCUCAGUUGUGUGGACCACCGCCAACCACAUCCUUGGAUAAUGUUGUUCAAUCGUUGGGCUUUCCAGCAGAUAUACUCGACGACGCAAUUUCCAGAUUCUCUUUACCUUCUGGGUCAUCUUCGAGUGGAGAUGAUAAGCUUCAGAAGGAGAAUGCAGAACUAUGGAAAGUUGUUCAGGAACAGCAGGAGCUACAAAAGAAAACACUGGAUAAAUAUAACAAAUUGAAGUCCGGCUGA